CGACUGUCGCGACUGAGUCUAUCGAGUCGCUGGCGCGGCGUUCGCGCGAUCCUUGUCGAGAGAUCAUCUGGGAUCAUCUAAAAUCAUCUCUCCUUCAGCGUUCCGUUUUACAUAUCUGGAGGAGCGACACACACAUCGUAUUCUCCUAUGCGAACGUGGUGCCGCGUCGCGCCAUCGUCGCCACCGCGUUCCGCGAGCACGACUGCGUGGAACCGCUGCCGUCGCCGCCGCCGCUGCCGUCGUCUGGCACAGUCACCGUUCGUACGCGCGUCGCGACGCAUCGUCGCCAUUUCGUCGACCGGGACGACGACGACGACGAGGACGAGGACGAGGACGCUGGCACGACGCUGACGCUGGCGCUUGCACGCGCGCGGCGAUGAAGGAGAGCUGAGCACGGCUCGCCGUCGUACAUACGCCGGGCACACGAGUGAUGAGCGGUUCGCGGCUUGGCAGAGGCCGAGGUGGCCGCCUGGCUUUGUACGGGGGCUGCGCAGUGGCAGUUAUCUUGACGAUGAUCGUGUAUCGCAACACUAUCUCAGAGAUGACCAGGCUUCAAGAAAUGCAAGUACAAUGCCUUCAUCAGCAAGAAUCUCUCGCUGCUCAACUACAAGUAAUAUUUGAGUACAAAGUACGACUGGAGAAGUCUCUGGCCGAAGAGAAGAGCUCGAAUGCCGCGGUGAAACAAGAGUUGCAGCAACGCGCGACGCGAGAGAAGUCUCUGCGUGACAAGGACAGCAUAGAGGCGAUGCAGAGAUUUAAUUCGCUUCAGCAGACCUAUAAACUCCUACAGACCGAACAUCGGGACUUGCAAGAGGAAUGUAAGAAGCGUGAGAAGCAGACGCUGGAUGAAACUAGCAGGUUGGAAUCAACGCUGCAGGACUUGCGGGCUCGCAUCCGGCAGGCUCAGGAAGACAAAUCCAAAGCUCUGGAGCACUUGAAGACCAAGUACCUGGAAAUAAUUGAUGAGAAGACCCGGCUGCAAGAAAAGUACAACGAACUGAUAAACAAUAGAGACAAUACCGGUAGUACUGUCGAUCAUCUUAGAAAGGAGAUCUUCCAGCUUAGACGCGAAUUGGAGAGCGCCAAGAAUUUCUAUGCUAGAAGUACACCUCCUAGUUCAGUGUUGAUGACUCCUCGAGCAUCAGUGUCACAAUCGAUGCUGCCUAAGGAAGACUUACAACCGAUUCCGGCGCCGCAACAGCAACAGAGCAUGGUGAGUUUACGCAAAGCGGAGAACACCACUGUAGCGAACAACGCCAAUCUGGUAUCACCGUCUCUUAUCGAUAAACCCGCGCCGCUACCGGCCAGACUACCGUCGAAGGUCAAGGUGCCGGUCGGCGUAUUGCCAAUACCGGAAAUCAUCGAGCAAAAGGUUGUUGAUGACAUGGAUAAAAAGAAGGAGAUUCGAGAUGACGUGUUGGCAGUGGUUCGCAACAAUUUACAACCACCUCUGCCAAAACUCGCUCCGGCGAAUGCGGUGGAUGACAAAGAAGAAAAGGAGCCGAUAGUUGAAGCUGGCAAUCUAGACCCACCGUUCGUUGUGAAUCCUCCCGCGCGACACGUUGGCGAACAACUCGAGAGGAGAGCAAAAGACUCUUGGUUGAGGGUGGGACCUGGGGUACAAGAGAUCGGCGAUGAACUCAAUCGAGUUCCUGGAUUGGAUGAUGGGCAAGCCAACGGUGGUGACGAUCAGUAUGAUGGUGCCGAUUACGACAAGGAGUCGCAGCAAAAGAACGAUAUUCAUCUUGCGGGCGAGGAUGAGGGGGAAGACGAAGGCGACAUACUUGAAGGCGAAUAUCCGAAUAAUUUGAAGCAAGGAAAACGGGAAUAAAAUCAGCGCCGUCACGCAAAUGUUUUUUAACACGACUAGCAGUCGGGUGACACAAGAGGAAUCGACUGAAAAAUAGUCAAAUGACCUGAUCUGACCUGACCUGGCCGAUAUUCAUGAUCGUUCGGGUUUAAUCAGCGAAAAAUACUUAUUGUGUAUUAUAAUCUAUACAAAUCAUUCGACGUGUGUAUGUGUGUGUGUGUGUGUGUGUGUGUGU